AUGGCUUUACUGUUUGCUGAGGAUGGUGUUCAUGUUAGCCUCUCAGAUCCUUCAGAGGAAGCGAUGGACACGAUUAUCGAGAAGGCCCAGAAGUCUGGAUACAAUGGCAAGGUACAGAAGUUCACAGAUUAUGCGUCUCUUUGCAAAUCCCUAUCCCAGCCUCGACUUCUCGUCUUCUCUCUCCCCCACGGCAACGUCGGCGAUAAAGUUCUUGAGGGUCUGUCGCCCCAUCUAUCUCGCGACGACAUCAUUCUCGACUGUGGAAAUGAGCACUUCCAAAAUACCGAGCGUCGCCAGAACAAGUGCAAAGAUACAGGGAUUCGUUACAUUGGCUGUGGGGUUAGUGGGGGUUACCAGGCAGCAAGAGCUGGACCUUCUAUGUGCCCAGGUGGAGACAAAUCUGCGUUGGAGGAAGUCCUGCCUUUGCUACAAAAGGUAGCCGCGAAAGACAAGAAUGAGAAAGCUUGUGUAGGCAUUGUUGGACGAGGCGGAUCAGGGCAUUACGUCAAAAUGGUCCACAACGGUAUCGAACAUGGGAUGAUGAGUGCUAUCUGUGAGGCAUGGGGUAUCAUGCGGAAGAUGGGCAUGGGCUAUGAGGAGAUUGGUAACGUACUGAAAGAGUGGAAUUCUUCCGGCGAGCUGAGAGGUACAUUCCUUAUUUCCAUCGGCGCCGACCUAUCUCACAAACGCGAGCCUGGAAAGGAUUCUGGAUCAAGCGAUAGUUCGGAACAGCACCCACUCGUUGUAUCAGAGGUACUCGACAAAGUAGUCCAAGAUGUAACCGGCGAAGAAGGAACAGGAAUCUGGUCUAACACGGAAGCGAUCGAACUCCAUGUCCCUGCCUUCACACUCAAUACGGCCCACGCAUUCCGCCUCGCAUCCGCCUUCCGCGGCGACCGUGAGCGUGCCAACAAGACUUCUGAUGGCGGCUUCCCCGCCGCUGAACUCGACAUCAAAGACAAAGACGCUUUCAUUGAAGAUCUGCGGAAAGCAACCUACGCAGCGUGUCUCGCGAGCUUUAUCCAGGGCAUGAAUAUCAUAGCUCGCGCAGAUGAAGAGCACAAAUGGGAAAUCGACUAUUCGCAAAUAUGGCAGAUCUGGCGCGCAGGCUGCAUUAUCCAGGCGGACUACCUUUCAGACGAAAUCUUAUCGCCCAUCCUCAACUCAAAUCCCACGUCCGAAGACAUGAACCUCAUAUUUUCGUCCAGAGUUGCUGAGGAUGUGCGCAACUGCUUUCCCUCGUUGCGUCGCAUCAUUGCGAAGUCUGUCGAAACAGAUCAAGUGGUCCCGGCCCUCAGCGCGACAUUGGAGUACUUCAAAGUCAUCACGGGCACGGAUUUGCCCACCGCGUUUUACGAGGCUGAGCUGGAUUACUUCGGUAGCCACAUGUUCGAUCUGAAAAGUGAUAAGAGUGCGCAGGUAAAAAAACCGAUGGAAGGAAAGCACCAUUUCGAGUGGAAGCCGGCGACGAGCCAGAAGGAAGAAUAUGGCCAGAAAUAUAAGGUUUAA